GUCGUGACCAAUAGUCAUGGCCAAUUGAGGUGGCCAGGAAUGCUGGCCAACUGCUACAAUGGCAAUGACUUCAGCUCAAGACACGCUCACGCUUACAGAUUACUAACAAGGAUAUCUAGAAACUAUGCCACUUUGCGUGACAUUGAGACCCGUUUGAAAUCUAUCAAGAACAUUGAGAAGAUCACCAACACCAUGAAGAUUGUCGCUUCCACCAGAUUGGGUAAGGCCGAGCGUGCUAAGAACAGUGCUAGAAUCUACGGUGCUGCUGACCAAGAGGUUUACACCCAUGCUGAGACCGCCCCAGUUGCUUCUGAGGACUCUGAAGCUAACACCCUCUUGAUUGUCUGCUCCUCCGACAAGGGUUUGUGUGGUUCCAUCCACUCCCAGAUUGCAAAGGCUGCUAGAGCCAGAAUCAGUGAGUUGGACGGUAAAGUCGACAUUGUUGCCAUUGGUGAUAAGACCAGAACCCAAUUGACCAGAACCCACGGUGACAAGCUCAUCUUGGCCUUCAACGGUAUUGGUAAGGAGACCCCAACCUUUGGUGACUCUGCACUCAUUGCCGACGAGAUCUACCAAUUGGGUAAGAAGUACACCAACAUUGAGAUCUUCUACAACAAGUUUGUCUCUGGUGUCUCCUUCGAGCCAACAAAGACCCCAUUGUUUGACGCUGGCUCCAUCGAACAAUCCCCAGCGCUCUCACAGUACGAAGUGGACCAAGACGCUAACGUCCCAGAGACCUUGAGUGAGUUCUCCCUUGCCAACGGUAUCUACGCUGCUCUUGCUGAUGGUUACGCCUCCGAGGUGUCUGCCAGAAGAAACGCCAUGGAUAACGCUUCCAACAACGCUGGUGACAUGAUCAGCAAGUACUCCAUCUUGUACAACAGAACCAGACAAGCUGUCAUCACCAACGAACUUGUUGAUAUCAUCACUGGUGCUUCUUCUUUGGAUUAAACAAAUGAGGUGUAGAACGCAUUAUAUUCUCUCUUUAUACUAUAAAACUAAAAUGACAACACGAUUUUAAAACACUUGAAAGCAAGAGAGGCUCAAUCACCAUACGGAGUCGUUGAUGUGUAUGUAAUUCCAAUUGUUGAGGAUGUUGUGUAUUCUCAUGGGAUUCUAAACGGU